AUGAACAUCUGCGACGAGACUGGCGACGUGUUCUUUACUGUAACCUGUGCAGGAGAUACUUACUGUACUGAAGAUGUCGCAGGAGCAGCAACAUGUGAGCUAGAUCAACCAGCUGACUGUGACGACGAGGUUCCUAGUCCUCCGGAAACGACUCCAAUUGAACCUCUCGUUUGCACCGCUGAAGGCUUUUUCCCAGAUCCGUACGAAUGCAACGUUUUCCACUAUUGCAGCGGUUAUGGGCUUCAAUCGGAUUUCCAGACAUGCCCUGAGAACACCGUGUUCAAUCCGGAAUUCAACUCGUCAUCUCCGUGCAAGGCCAAGGAGGAUGACGAGUCCGACUGCUCACAGGUGGACUGCACCGAGAACUCCGUAUUCAAGCAUUUCGGAACAAGCGAGAAAUAUUUCGCAUACUGUUGGGAAGAUCCCGAUUCGACCGCGGAUCCCAAAGAAAUAAAGGUGUCGAUGUUUAUGUGCAUCGAAGGAACAAGCUUCGAUGGGGUGCAGUGUGCCUUCCAGUGCAAGGAAGAGGGAAACUUUGCCAACCCACGCAGCUCGACUACCUACUACCAGUGUUACUAUGCGAAUGAGGUGCUUGUCGGGAGGAUGUUGACGUGUCCAGGCAGCAGGCAGUUCGACGAAAACUUAAAAAUAUGUCGUUAA